CGGCCAGCACAUAAAAGAGCAGGGAAGGGGAUCCGCAGUUAGAGGACUCUCCUUCCUGAUUCAGCCUAGCAAGCAAGCCUCCCCGUGGUGCUUCCACUGCCACCAACAGGAGCCCUGCCACCUGGAUCCAGGAUCACAAGCCACUCUUCAAUAUGUUUGACUUUCUGGCCUCUGCACUGGGAGCAGGAAUCGGAUUGGGAGUUGCAGUUGUCGGAGUCCCUGUAGUCCUGGGGGCUGCAGGAUUUACUGCUACAGGAAUUGCUGCAGGGUCAGUAGCGGCCAAGAUGAUGUCAGCAGCGGCCGUAGCCAACGGAGGAGGAGUGGCUGCUGGAAGUGCUGUGGCAGUGUUGCAGUCAGUCGGUGCUGCAGGACUUUCCGGAGCAGCACAGGGAGCGGUGGCGGCUGCUGGUGCAGCAGUUAUGGGUCAGCUCUGAAAGCAACAGCUACUCCUCUGUGCUUUGGACACCCGGCGACUCAUUGGCUGGUCUGUCCUCGAGCGCCCAUCAGUCUAAUGCACUACAGAGAGAGUCACAGGAACUGCUUUCAGCAUGAUCAAGAAAAAAACGUGUUGAACCAGCCCCUGAAGAGCUCUUGUUCUUGCACAGUACAGGAUAAUACGAUGCACCCCACUUAUCCCUGCUGUAGAAGAAAUAAAGCCUUUACAGACAUG